AUGGCACAACUGCGGGAAGAUCUGGAUGCCUACAGGUUGUUCAAAGAGCUCCUGGGAGGGUUCGGAGAGUUUGAUGUCUAUGAAUUAACUGCGGGAACAAUAACAACACCAGAGAAAUUUAUUGAACUAUCAUUUCCAGCUUAUUACAUUACGAAUAUAACAUCAGCAGUGUUCAAUAGUACGGAGUUUAAGAAUGAGGUGAUGGAAAUUUCAAAUGAAUUAGAACCAAUGUUUUAUAAUAAAGAAUCAUUUGUUGGAGGUGUUGCAACUAUAUCAUUUGUUUUAUCAGGUACCACUACAGCUAGUUGGAUGAUGUUUUUACUAUUGUUUCUUGCUUCAAAUACUAUACCCAAUUCUUUAAUUUUAACAAAUUUAUUUUUUUCAGUUAGUCAUAGUGUUAUGCUGGUCAAAUUAACUAAAAUUUUACAAUGUCAAUAUAGUCAAAAUUAUUCAGAUAUGGAUGAAGUUAAAAAUUGUAUAACAUUUGGUACAAGUUAUCUUGUUGUACGAUCCAUAUCCACAUUAUUAGUUUGGAUUUCAUGGGUUGAUAUAAUGGUUCAAAUAUCAAAAUAUUCAUAUAAAAAGAAAAUAAUUAUAUGUGGAUGUAUUUUAAGUAUUAUAAAUUUUGCAAUUAGAUUAGCAUAUGGAUUUUUAUAUACAAGAAUGGAUAAUAAUGAACCAGGAUUUAAAGCUAUAAAAGGUAUACAUUAUGCUUUUGACUACUUGAUGUUGAUAAUAUUUAUUUGUCAAGUUGCUAGAUAUACUAUUAGAAAAAGACAAUUUGCAUACAAUAGGAAAACAAUGGCUUUAGCAGUUUUCAGCUGGAUUAUAAUGUUGACACCAUUUGUUUUUUGUACUAUAGAUGUUAUUUCAUAUUCUUUGAGAACGUGGUCAUCAUAUAUUUUUUCAUUUGCUAUUUUAUCUUCUAUAGUGGUUAUUUGGGAAUGGAUUCAUACAAUAAGAAUAAUGGAAUUGAAAUAUGAAAGAAAAGCUGUCUUGGGGAGAAGGAUUUCCAAUGAUAGUUUCUUAGAUGACCCAAUGAAUCCUAAUUUAGAUCCAAAACAUCAUCAUAAUAAUGGAUAUAUCCUCAAGAGUUUGAAUUUACUUACACUUUUAUCAUCAUUAAAUUUCUGGGGUAAGUUACAAAAAUAUUUUCAAACGAAAACUCAUCAAUAUUCCCAGGCAAACUCGGAUCAUCCAGAAGAUGUGUCAUUCAUAGAGAUGGUAGAUGGACUAUCAAGACAAAGCUCAUAUCAAGGGUCAGCAGUAUCGUAUGAUAAUCACCCAGAGUUUAACAUAGAUCAUCGGUAUCUAAGGAACACUCCUUCUUCUUUUGCAGGAAGUCGAGAUACACCUUUAAGUAUGAGACCAGCUUCUUCUGAACCACCACGAAGCAAAGGCCCCACCCCUCGUAUCAACGAAGAAUCUACCCAGGAAUCCCAUGAAACAAAUGACGACCAAAACAAAUACAACUAA